GACGAAGACCGAGCAGGAGGGGCGCACAACGAAGCAUUAGAUUGCACAGAAUUAACGAUGUAGUCACUAAGAUGGGAAGGCGGACGAUGCUGCCGUUGAGGACGAAAAGGUGGGUGGGCAGCUGUAUCGGUAGGAGUGGAGGUGCCACUGUCGCCGGUGGUGUGCUCCGCGGUCUGGACCGGUUAAGGAACUGCCGGAACAGUGGCGGCGGGCUGUGCUGGGAGGACCGACGGAUUGGGCAGCGGGAGGUCAGGAAAAUCGGCUGGGUCUGUGGGUUGAGGUGUUUUGGCAGUUGGGGUGGGAAUAGCAAACGGAAAUUGGGAUUCGUCAAAGGAAAUAUCCCGGGUGUGAAAAAAACGGGUCUGAGAAGAAGGAAGAAUCAUCCAGCAGAAGGCCCCAAGAACAAAAUGGUGUGUUUCCUGUCAUGUUUUGGCAUCCAAAAGAAACAUAAACAGCGCAAGCCCGCCAAUAAAACUCAACGGUUAGACACGGUGGAGGGGAAAUACCUGCCUCUAGACUUCAGGAAGUCUGGUGAACCAGAUCCGAAAACCAGAUUUAGCAGGAAUGCAAGGAGAGGUUCACUGGCUGACAAGAUCAAGAAAAAAGUGACCUUUAAUUUAGAUGUCAAGAUCUAUGGGCCUUUGCAGCAAGAGGAGAUUGAUUCAUAUUUUUCGGAUGAUGGGCAAGAGAAGUCGGAGUCGGAGUACCCAUCAGAUUAUAGGUACUAUAGCUGCAGAGACAGUUUUGACGGCGACGACAUAAAACUCGAUGAAAGUGAUAUUGAAGAAGAAUAUAUUGACGAGGGCGACGACUUUGAUAAUGGUGUUGAAAGCAACAAUGGAUCUUUUCCGGGCAUGGAGAUCUCAAUGCAAGCAACUAAACCAUACAGUUUCUCUGAGUUCUUAAAACAAGAUCCAUAGUAGUUCACUAGCACAAUGAAUCCUAUCCACACAGAACAACAAAACAACAACAACAACCCAGUUAAAUCCCACAAGAGUAGGGUCUGGGGAGGGUGUGUGUACGCAGACCUUGCCCCUACUCGAAAGUAGAGAGGCUGUUUCCAAAGAGACCCCCGGCUCAACAUCGAAAGUUGCAGUGUUUGACUAACUGCUACUUCAUUAAUUAAAGAAGCGCAGAUAGUUUAGAGAUCCAUUUUGAUUUAUUCCAUCACACCCCAAAGCCAAAAAUGGUGAAAUUUUGACUCCAUCGGAGAUGAUGGAACAAUCUAGAGUAAAGUUCAUAUUACAUC